GCUUCAAGAAGAACAAACCAAUGGUGCGCGUGUGAGUCACUUAAAAAGACCAAACCUUUUAGUUUUGAUCGAAAGGAAACAUAAAAAAAAAAAGAAGAAGUGAUGCCGUCGGGGAAGUACUACUGCGAUUACUGCGAGAAGGAGUUUCAGGACACGCAAGUCGCUAGAAAACGACAUCUUCAGAGCAACCCUCAUCUUCGAGCUAAAGCACUUUGGUACAGCUCUAUUACCUCAGAUGUUAAUAAUCAACAAGUCUCCAGCUUUGUGCCGAGGGGUCUCUGCAAUCGAUUCGUUUCAUCGGUAUGGUGUUCAGUCGAUUUAUAGUUUUCGUCGUAGCAAUAACUUUUGUCCAUUUGGAGACUCUUGCAGAUACUUGCACCCUAACAACAUUACAGGAAAUGCAGGAUUCACCAAUAAUAAUAACAAUACGCAACCUCCUACUGGCUUGCCUAACCAACACAUCCAAGGAAGUAGUUUAAACCGUGAUUGUUUUAGUAGGAGAGCAGGAGGAGCAGGUUGGUUCGAUCUGCCACCGUCGCUGAGACCGCCUCCGGAGCAAGGCUAUCCUCAACCUCCCUCCAUUGACUGGGGAUAGAACUCUCUUUCUUUCUCUGCAUAGUCAUAUGCUAAGAUGUAACUUUUGAUCUUUAUACACAUUUAACAUUUUACCCCAUUUCUGAUAGAAAAAAGGUUGUUGAAUUUCAUUUGCU